GGCGUUGACUGGUCGUUAAUGUGUGAAGUGGGCGUGGUCUGUUUUCAAUAUUUAAAUUGAUAUGUUAGUGUCGUAUACAUCCUCUUAAUCGAACUAGUUCAGCACAAUAAACGAACAAUAAUUGGUGUGUUUGUUUGAUUUCCAUGUCAUGUUCUUGGCUUGGAACUAGAUUAGCAAACGGAGCUGAUCAUGCUAGCUACGUCCUUUCGCCAGAUACACGUAGCCAAGCUCAGAUACAGGCCUUAAUUUUCUCUGUAAUGUCUGGAUACACGUUUACACGACUAGACGUGUGAAACAGACGACGGACGUGGAGAACGUAAGAAACGUCGGACCUCACAGGGCAUAGGAUUGGUCUUUAAUCUAUAUUUUUUUUGCCGUACAGCGUCUCUGAAUAGUGUGACAGGGUUUCAUAUUUUCAUUGCAUUUGCAUUUCACUUCACGGCAGUCAGAGGGGUAGAAAUGAGAAUCUGACACGUUUAGGAACUCAGUAGAAAUAAAGAAGUUCUCCAAAACUCCAUUUUCCUAUUCAGUAGUGACCUUCAGUGAUGACGGACCUCAUAUCAAGGGCAGACACAGUUUGUAAUUUUAGCUCUAACCUACUCUUAUCUGUGCUAAGCCGAAUUCUAGCUUCACAAAUGUCCUGAGCUACUUUUUGGGUCUUCACUCGAUUCAGAAUAAGAGCUCAGUCCACUGUGUGGCUCCAGUUUCUGUGAGCAGAAAUGGACAAACGGAAUAAAACGUAUACGAGGUGAGAUCUUUACCAGCAUACGUUGUGAUGCAUAUACAGUUUUUCUAUGAUUACGCAUGCACAGCACCACCGGCCUCGCGCCCUCACAUCCGCCGUGUUGUGCUUGCUUUUUUCUUCUCUGCCUUCACGAGGCCAAUCACUUCGCAUUAUGUCUCAGACAUGAUACGGCUUCUCUGUGCUCACUCGCGACAUCACACCCUACUCAUAAUACAGAGAUGGAACACAAAGUUCCCCUGCGGCUAACUGCCAUCUCUGCAUCAAGCUCAUGCAUUGCGCUGCUUUUUUUUUCUUUUUGUAAAUCCAAGCCACAAAACACAGCACAAAAAGUGGAGUACAGCAGAUGCAGCCCUUUUUUUUUUAAACAAUGUGUGUUGAUUUCUGUGGAGUUUAUUGAACUUUUACAGAAGGAGUCUGCAGUGCCGGCGUACUCAGGACAGAGGACAUACACGUGUCUCUUAAACGUCAGAAAGGAGAAUAAAGAGUGAUGUGAUGGUACAAGAGGUAUAAACACUUUGCUGUUACAGUAGAAUCCUGUCUGAUGUGAUGAAGUGGUGAAGAUGAGUCACUUUUAUCACCCUGAAGUCAUUAUUUACCUCUAACUCUUCCUCCCCAAGUGUUUACUUCCUGACGUUUUAUUCCUCUUCUGCUUUUAUGUGUACGUUGGCAGUAACGAUCAGACGCUGUUGUAGAGGAUCACAGGCGAAUGUUAGUAACCUAACCCUGCAGGAUGUCUUCCUGAGCACUGAAAAGUCAUGAGUCAUGAGAAAUAAUUGGAGUAAUCACAUUGUUUUUAUGAACGUGUUCGCUACAACAUAACUCCGUAUCGUUCUCAUUACCGUAAGCGUCAGGAUUGUUAUGUAUACUUUUUGCGGUCGUUACGUUCAUCAGAUCACGGAGAUGAGCCUACGCUGUGUUCGUCUGCAUCAUUAAAACAUCUAUGAAUUAUAACGCUGAAACCAUGUAGAGAACCAGAGACAAAAAAUAACAAACCAUCAUCUUCAUCUUUACAGCUCUGAGUAUUACAAAGUACUGAAACUGGAGACUCCUUCCACAAAUAGGCUUAGAUAGGCAAAUUUUUAUAUCAGUGUUAAGAUGUGUGACAUUAUUAAUAUGUAUCUCAUAUGUGUGUGUGUGUGUGUGUGUGUGUGUGUGUGUGUGUGUGUGUGUGUGUGUAAUUUAAUAUUAAAGACGUCUAGUGACGCAUCAGAGAGCAAAAAAAUCCAAAGCGUAAGGGCUGAAAAACAAGACGCUUCCAGUCAAUCUAAUUACAGCUGAGCUGUUUGUUCAGUCGAUGUGUUUUAUUCACAGAUCAGAGCUGAAAUAUUGAAAUACUGCUUUAUAGAGGGGAAAAAACACCGAGCUACAGCCUGGCAGUGGAGAGGAUACAGAGAGAGAGUGUACAGAGAGCCCGAGGGGAUAAUAUAUAUUUUGUGAACCAUGUUGGUGAAGUUUGAGAUCUGUUUUCUAGCUCGAGAUUGAGUCGGAGAUGUCUGAUGUCUGACCUGGAGCUGCUUUCACACAAACCUUGGUGUGAUCCACGUUACAUGCGGAAGCCACCUGAGAAACAUGUGAACAGGGAAUGAAGUCGAGCACUAUGGGGUUUUGCGGCUUGGCCCUCCUGAUGCUCCCGGCUCUCCUCACCCUGGUGGGCGUGGUGCACGCCGCAGAGAAGGUUCCCAUUCUGAACAUUGCCGUGAUCCUGGGCCGAACGCGCUACAUCUCGGACCGGGACAUACGAGCCCUGUGGAGCAAGGACGACCCGAUCGACGUCAACGUCGUCACACUGCUGGUUAACGAAACGGACCCGAAGAGCAUCAUCACUCACGUGUGCGACCUCAUGUCCGGGACUAAGAUCCACGGUGUGGUGUUUGGCGACGGCACCGACCAGGAAGCCAUCGCCCAGAUUUUGGAUUUUAUUUCCUCGCAGACGUUGAUACCCAUCCUGGGGAUUCACGGUGGCUCGUCCAUGAUCAUGGCAGAUAAGGACGUGAAGUCGACGUUCUUCCAGUUUGGAGCGUCCAUCCAGCAGGAGGCACUGCUGAUGCUGAACAUCAUGGAGGAAUACGACUGGCACGUGUUCACCAUCGUGACCAGCAAGUUUCCAGGAUAUCAAGACUUCAUCACCAUCCUCAAGACCACAGUGGACAACAGCUUCGUCGGUUGGGACCUGCAGCACACCAUCACGCUGGACGCGGUGGAAGGCGUGGACGGAUCGCGGGCUCAGCUCCAGCUCAAAAAGGUGCAGUCACCCGUCAUCCUGCUCUACUGUUCCAAAGACGAAGCCGCGUACAUCCUGGAGGAAGCACGUUCGCUCGGACUCACCGGGUUCGGAUACAUCUGGAUCGUACCCAGUUUGACCACAGGCAACCCAGACAUAACACCAGACGAGUUCCCGUCAGGCAUGAUCUCUGUCUCUUAUGACGACUGGGACUACCCUCUGGAAGCACGGGUUCGAGAUGGGCUCGGGAUCAUCACCACGGCGGCGGCAGCCAUGUUGAAGGAGUUUGGAGACAUUCCUGAAGCCAAGACCAGCUGCUAUGGGCAGAUGGAGAAGGCAAAGCUGCCGCCAAGUGCACUUCACAAGUACAUGAUGAACGUAACAUGGGACGGUCGGGAUCUGUCCUUCACCGAGGACGGCUAUCAGGAGAAUCCCAAACUGGUCGUCAUCGUCCUGAACAAGGAUCGUGAAUGGGAGAAGAUGGGGAAGUGGGAGAACCGCAGCCUGACGCUGAAGUUCCCGGUGUGGCCGCGCUUCAACUCGUUCGGCGACGGCGAGACGGAUGAUAAUCACCUGAGCAUCGUGACUUUAGAGGAGAAGCCCUUCGUCAUCGUGGAGAACGUGGAGCGUCUGACGGGAACCUGCAUGAGGAACUCGGUUCCCUGCCGCAAGCACAUCAAAGACAAUACCACUGAAGGAGGAGGAACCUACAUCAAGAAGUGCUGCAAGGGCUUCUGCAUCGACAUCCUCAAAAAGAUCGCCAGGAACGUCAAGUUCACCUACGACCUUUACCUGGUGACCAACGGCAAGCACGGCAAGAAGAUCAACAACGUGUGGAACGGCAUGGUGGGAGAGGUGGUGAAUAAAAAAGCCGUCAUGGCCGUAGGCUCACUGACGAUCAAUGAGGAGCGCUCGGAGGUCAUCGAUUUCUCUGUCCCCUUUGUGGAGACCGGGAUUAGCGUGAUGGUGUCCCGCAGCAACGGCACCGUCUCUCCCUCUGCCUUCCUGGAGCCGUUCAGCGCGUCCGUGUGGGUGAUGAUGUUCGUUAUGCUGCUGCUGGUCACCGCCAUGGCUGUGUUCAUGUUUGAGUACAUCAGUCCUCUGGGCUUUAACAGGAACCUGGCCCAGGGCAAAGACCCCCACGGACCGUCCUUCACCAUGGGCAAGGCGGUGUGGCUGCUCUGGGGUCUGGUCUUCAACAACUCCGUCCCCGUGCAGAAUCCCAAAGGCACCACCAGCAAGUUCAUCGUGUCCGUGUGGGCCUUCUUUGCUGUCAUCUUUCUAGCCAGCUACACUGCAAACCUGGCCGCCUUCAUGAUCCAGGAGGAGUUCGUGGACCAGGUGACGGGGCUGAGCGACAAGAAGUUCCAGAGCCCGUACUCCUACUCUCCACCCUUCCGAUUCGGAACGGUUCCUAACGGCAGCACGGAGAGAAACAUCCGGAAAAACUAUCCAGACAUGCACCAGUACAUGGUGAAGUAUCAUCAGACGGGAGUGACGGACGCCCUGGUCAGCCUGAAGACCGGCAAACUGGACGCGUUUAUUUACGACGCUGCCGUGCUAAACUACAUGGCCGGUCGCGAUGAAGGCUGCAAGCUCGUGACCAUUGGAAGCGGCUACAUCUUCGCUACCACGGGUUACGGCAUUGCGUUACAGAAGGGCUCGCCAUGGAAACGUGAAGUGGACCUGGCCAUCUUGGCGAUCAUUGGUGACGGCGAAAUGGAAGAACUGGAGGCCCAGUGGCUGACCGGAAUCUGCCACAAUGAGAAGAACGAGGUCAUGAGCAGUCAGCUGGAUGUCGACAACAUGGCUGGGGUAUUUUACAUGCUGGCUACAGCUAUGGGUCUCAGCCUGAUCACCUUCGUGUGGGAGCAUCUGUUCUACUGGAGGCUUCGCUACUGCUUCACAGGAGUGUGUUCCGGCAAGCCAGGCCUGCUCUUCUCCAUCAGCAGGGGUAUCUGGAGUUGCAUACACGGUGUCCAUAUUGAUAUGAAGAAAAAGUCCCCUGACUUAGAUUUCAGCCCUCAGGCCAACAUGCUCAAGCUUAUCAAGUCAGCCAAGCAGAUGACAAACAUGACCACACUGAGUGGCUCCAGGGUAAACUCGCCCAAACGCAGCGGCGAGUUCACGCACUCGGCCGGUCCCAUGAUCAUGGAUCUGAUGUCGGAGAAAGGAAACUUUGUCUACACCGACAACCGAAGCUACGCCCAAAAAGACGUCUAUGCCGACUCCAGUGACAUCCAAAGCUACCUGGCUAACCGGCACAAAGACCACCUGAACAACUACAUCUUCCAGGGCCAACACCCACUUACACUGAACGAGUCCAACCCCAACACCGUAGAAGUGGCUAUGAGUGCAGAUGCAGCUCAGACUGCUGCCAAACCCAGGGCUCUUUGGAAAAAGUCUGUGGAUACAUUACGACAAAGCCAGACACCUGACAUGCUGGUCCCAGACCCCCGUCUGUCCAUGAAGAGUCAGCGCUACCUGCCAGAGGAUGCAGCCCACUCCGACAUCUCUGAUUGCUCGAGCAGAGCCGCUUCUUACAAGGAUCCUGAGAACAACAAGCACCUGAAACCAAAGGACAGCUUAAAAAAAAGAUCGAUGACGUCAAAAUACCCUAGGGAUUGCAGUGAAGUGGAGCUGUCCUACUUAAAAAAUAAGCAGGGCGGAACAGGACGAGAAAAAAUCUACACCAUAGACUCUGAACGGGAGCUGAGUAUGCACUCGGAACCUGUGCAUUUUAGAGAGAACCGAGGCCUUGCGGCUGAUGAUUUGGAAUUCCCUGAAAUGUACUCCGACCACAAUGACAACUACCGGAAAUGCGACCAACCCAUCAUCCAUUUAAACAGCAGCCCUCUCCAUCAUACUGAUGUGGACCUCCUGCCAGACAGUGUCUUCAACAAACAUUACAGCGUAAAGGACAAGAACGUAAGUCCACAGGAAACCAACGACCGCUACAAGCAAACCCACUGCCGGAGUUGCCUGUCAAAGGUACCCAACUAUGCUUCGGGACCCUAUGGCCCCAUGCGCUCACCAUACAACCGCUGCGAGGCCUGCGUCCACAUGUGCAACCUGUAUGACAUCAGCGAAGACCAGAUGCUGCAGGAGGCCAUGAUCAGUCCAAGCAUGCAGCAAGAUGACUUGUUCAGUCAUUACUGGCCCCAGAUGGAUGGGCCUCAUGUGCAGAAGAGGAACAAGCUACGACUCAGUCGUCAGCACUCCGUCGACAACAUCAUGCUGGAGAAGCCCAAAGAGGUCGACCUCAACAGGCCAGCACGCAGUGUCAGCCUUAAAGAAAAGGAUCGCUUCCUGGAGGAUGGCUCAUUCGCAAACCUUUUCAGCAAGUCCGACAAACUGUUUGGCAGCAGGUCCAUGCUCUUCAACCACAACUUGGAGGAGAGCAAGCGCAGCAAAUCGCUUUACCCCGAUCAUACAACGGACAACCCAUUCAUGCAGGCAAUACGGGAUGACGCACGCCUGGUCCACGGCAGGAGCUCAUCUGACAUUUACAAACAAUUUGCUCCUAUCAAAACCAGGAACGAAAACAAUCUGAGGUCCUCAGUGAAGUCCACCGCUUCAUACUGUUCCAGGGAUGGUCGAAUAUCCAAUGACUUGUACAUUUCAGAGCAUGCGAUGCCUUAUGUAGCCAACAAGACGAGUGCAUACUCAGCUCCUCGGGUCCUCAGUUCUUCUCAGUUCAGCAAUAGACGAGUGUAUAAGAAAAUACCUAGCCUUGAGUCAGACGUUUAAUGCUCUGUCGUUGUAUAAUUAAAAAUUAUUAUUCACUUAGGGUGCCAUAGUUGGCCACAUGUUAAAAGGAAAAACUGCUAAGUACUCAAGUACUAUGUUUUGCAGCUAUCACUUUUUUCAUAUAUCAGUAGUCAUCCUCCCGAAUAGCGCUUGCCAAAGGUUUUCAGCAUUUGUUAUUUACCCUGUAGGAAAGCAAAUAUUUCCUGGGCAAGCUUCGAAAGCCCAGUUAGUCAGGUUUUAUGCUGAGGAAACUGGGUCCAGGGCUGGCUGACCCUAUAGUUACCUCAGAGGCAUGUGUAUUAUUGAAAAGGCAAUUACUGAGACAGAUGGACCGCUUUGAAGUGGGCCAGAUUGUAGCCUAGCCAUGGCGCUUUAGGAGUUGUUUACUGAAUAAACCUUAGGCAAGCAAGGAGUGUUUCAACAACAGGAAGCAUAACGUUGCAUUGCUUUUAUUAUCUAUUACUAUAGAGUUGGGAUUUUUGGCAUUCUGAUCCCUAUUUAGACCUUUAGAAUUUUAGCUUACGUGGUAGCACAAUAAUCAUUAGUUACCCUCACGUCCCUGCUUUUUAAAACCUCUUGAUUACUGGCAGGAAGAUUAUUUUGCACGUAUUUACUUAUUUAUUUAUUUUAUUAGAAAUACGAUUCAUUUACAUUUACACAAAUAUAAUGUUUAUGACAGAUUUAAGCUGGAUGUGCCGCUGCAAUGAAAGCUUGACCUGUACCUAGUAAGUCAGUUUGACCGAUUCUUGUCUGGGAAUGUUUUGUUGAUCCCCCAUCUGAAACAGGGUACUGACAAUUUCUUUUGGUUUGGUUCGUCUUUUUGACUGUACAUUUGAGUUUGUGUAAUCCAUUACAUUGAGUACUUGAGUGCACUGUGAAAUCAGAGCAUUACUGAAUGACUGUUGUUCACUUUUUUUGAGGGGUGGCUGCGAUGCCUAAGGUUGCUGCAGUGUCGCCAUCAGGUCAGUUCAAAACAACUCCGGAUCCUUAAGUUAAAAUAUGAAGGUAUAUAUGCACCUCACCAAGUUACCUGUUGAUCAGUUAUUAAAUCAAACUAUCCCAUACCUUGGCAAUGUUAAGGGUUCUGUUAGGGUUUUGCUCGAAAGCCUUUCCAAGCGAUAAACCCUGCGUUUUUGCAUUCGACCUGCAACAAGGUUCCUGAAAAGAGACCAACGAGAGCACCGCUUAGGAUUCUGUUAUUAGUCAAUGGCCAAAGCCUCCUAAAAUCCUGCUGUGGUGACAGGAUACUGAGCCCCAAUCUUAGGAAAAAAGCUUCCCUCGAGGUUUCUUCGGCUAUGCGAGGGUACUAAUGGUACAAGGGUGCUAAGGGUACUAAAGAAUUAAUUCCACUGUAAUGUAAUUUCAUUCUCUCUGAAUAAGAGGUUUCCCUGAAGGUUUCUUGCAUAGUUAAGAGUUGUUUUUAGCUUUCUAAACAGGUUCUACUCUAGUCAGGAAAUCUCUUGUACUAUUCUAAGAUUUUACGUUAGAUUGAAGGAUUCUUCUCUGAGGUACAUGCUGAGGUACAAGCCGAGGUACAAGCCGAGGUACGUCCUUGCAUUUAAGCAUUCUGAUGGAAAGAAUCGGCAGGUCAGUUUACACUUUUCUCCAACAAGCUAACUCAUUGCCCAGAACCUCAUACUGUAAAAAUGUGUUCUGCAGACAUGGUACAGAGCUGCAGUCUAGACCUUAUUCCUCAAGGGUUCUAUAGAUAGGAAGCCUCUCAGACAGGGAAACUCUCUAUUGUAAGGACCAACAAAGAACUAGAUCCUACAGAACCAGGACUAUCGAUCAUAACCCUUUUAACAAAUACGUUUUCCCCGAAGCGCUACACAUAUAGAAAAGAAUGGAUCCUCAAAGCUUUCUUGGUGUUAAGUAAAGCUUCUCGGCUUUUUAACAGGGUUCGACUCGGAGCCCUCUCUGAAAGGGACCCUUGAUUGCUGGGGUCCAACUGUAUUCAGAACCUUUAAGGAUUUCUGUAUUCUGAUUGAAUAACUGAUAAACUGGCAACUUGGUGUCCUUUAACAUUCUUAAAAAUGGCCACCACAAUGGCCAAAACCUCUUCUGGGGUUUUGCAGACCUGUUACAGUGCCGCACUCUUAUGAAAUAAAGUGCUCCUCAAGGUUUCUUCAGAUAGGUAAGGGCUCUUCGUUCCCAUGAAGUCACAAGGAAAACAGAACCUGAAGUAAAAUGAAGAAAAUGAUAGAUAGUAUUCUUAGAAAGAGCCCUUCAGGAUUCUGCAGUCGGACAUUUUUUAUCCCUAAGAGUGUUCAUGGUGAAACCAUCCUGAAUUAGACCGGAUAUCCAAAUCCGGUCUAGGAUCAUUCUGUGUUGUGGACGGUCAUCGAUUCAAGUUCAAUCCAGAACAGUUUGCUGAUUUCUCACGUACAAAAGCCUCAUUAAUGCUUUCUCCUGAUGAGGAUUCUAAAGAGCAGAAUGGCUCAAGGCUUUCUGAGGUUCAUUUCAGGCAACUUUAAAGCUCCUAAGGAGUAAUACAUACUGUAAUGAGGUAUGCGGUUGGAAAAUAAUCAAUCACAGACUAGUGUGAUGCUCUUUAUGCAAAGCAAGUUACUUUUGGCACAAGUGUUUAUUUUCAAUUUCCAACACAUCCCGAAGUGAUUUAUUUUCGAACACUAUAGUAAUUAGCCAAUGAUUACAGCGGUAUUUACUACAUAGUGACACAUCGCAUUUGUUUAAAUGUUUAGCGUUUCGUUUAACGUUAUGGAACAUCUGCAAAAGAUGUUCUCACUUGUAUUAUAGCUCACCAGACUUUAUUUCUAUCUAACAAGGAAUAAAAUAGUUUUUUGGUACUGAGAAACCCCAAAGUGCGAACUUGUCUCAAAGUAACUUAACGUUACUGCGAUGGGGGACACGGUAGCUUAGCGGUUAGCAUGUUCACCUCACACCUCCAGGGUUGGGGGUUCGAUUCCCACCUCCGCCUUGUGUGUGUGGAGUUUGCAUGUUCUCCGGUGCCUCGGGGGUUUCCUCCGGGUACUCCGG